GGCAGCGCCCGAGGAACGGAUCGGGAACUGCCCCUCUGACCCGGAAGCUCCCUCUCCGGACAGGAAGCUUACGUACGGCGCAGCCAUGUCUUCACAGGAGUCACCGCCUGUAAGUCCUCAAGCGUACGAUAGCGGCCGACGGAGAGCGAAUGGGAGCCGCGACCUCAGACCCGGAAGCUUCCUCUUCGAAGUGGAAGUUUCCUGAUGGGGGCCGCCAUGUUUUCCAGCUGUCUUCUCCCGUACGACAGUGUCCAAAUGGGGGCCGCCAUGUCUUCCCAACAGUAUCCGUUCCUAUGGCAGUUUCCGAGGGAGGGAACUGUACCGAGACCUCUCAUCCGGAAGCUCCCGCCACGCACCUGAAGUGCCCCAGAGGUCCCGCCAUGGCGCUGACCCCAGUGCUCCGGCGGCUCCGCGGGCUGCGGGUGGUCCUGGCGAGCGCGUCCCCGAGGAGGCGGGACAUCCUGAGCUACACGGGCCUCCGGUUCGAGGUCGUGCCCUCCCGGUUCUCAGAGACCCUGGACAAGGCCACCUUCCCGACCCCGCAUGACUAUGCCCAGGAGACCGCGAGGCAGAAGGCGCUGGAGGUGGCGCAGAGGCUGCGGGAGAAAGACCAGCGGACCCCGGACAUUGUCAUAGGUGCCGACACUGUGGUGGCCAUGGCAGGGCUGAUCCUGGAGAAGCCACAGGACAAGGAGGAUGCCUUCAGGAUGCUGAGAAGGCUGAGUGGGCAAGAGCACAGCGUCAUCACGGGUGUGGCCAUCGUCCGCUUCCCCCGGUGUAAUCCCGGGGCCCAGCCCCCAGACCCAGAAGUGACGUCGUUCCAUGAGGAGACGCGGGUGACAUUCUCAGUGCUGACAGAUGAGUUGCUGCGGGACUAUGUGGACAGCGGGGAGCCCAUGGACAAGGCGGGCGGGUAUGCGCUGCAGGCGCUGGGUGCAAUGCUGGUAGAGCACGCAGAGGGCGACUUCCUGGGCGCAGUGGGCUUCCCGCUCAACCGCUUCUGCCGGGAGCUGCAGGCUGUGCUGGGACCGGAAGUGACACCGCCUUUGUGUGGUGGGGCCGACCACGGGGACGGACCCCGCCCACUUCCAGCCACAGAGAAUCCUGGGAUCGACCUCUGACCUCCCGCCCCCUAUUUCUGGGGUCUCUCCUGUGACGUCAUGAUCUCUGUGACCCCACGACCUCUGACCCCAGGGGUCGCCAUCAAUAAAGACUCGUUCAGUGCUC